AUGUCGAACGUGCGGCAAAUCACACUGCCGCCGGACGCGCUCUACAUCACCAAGUCGAUCCCUGAGGAUGAGAACCUGGAGAUGGGCUCUCCGCAGGAGUGCGCGGGAGUAGAGCCGAGGCGCAGUGGGAGCGAAUGCGCCAGCGAGCGCCGGCAGACGGAUGACACAUACGGCACGGAAGUCAACACGGACGACUCGUCGUCAAAAGAAUGGAACAUGGGAUCACAGGAGGAGCCCAUGUCGGGGGAGCUUCCCCAACGCUCCACCGAGUCACGAGGGUACUCCUUCAACAGCACCGCCACCUCGUUCCUAGGAUUCUGCAACCUGACGCGUGGCAAGUUCAGGCAGAUGGGGUCGAAGUUGCGCGGAAGUUUGACGUCCAUACCGAGAGACAUGGGGUUCUCGGCGGAGUUGUCACCGAUGCAGCGCAGAAAGCUGCAGCACCAGAGCAUGGAGUUUCCAACGAAGCACGCGGCAUCUCAGCUUGGAAACGAGGCAUUGUAUGGUGUCCAGGAAGACGCGUUGUUUAGAGAGCGCGCAGCCUCCAACCCGAAGUCAAAGAGAACGUGGCUGCCCUUGCGUAAAAAGGACUCGAAGCAGAUGCCAGCAAGAGUCAGCGAACCAGUCAUUGUCAUUAAUCAACCCCCCAGCAAGCAAAAUGAAGUGGAAGCAAGCCGUAAAAGCUCGAUGGUGUCACACCAGAGCAGGCAAACCGUCGUCCAAGAUAUGUGUGGGCCCAUGCCGUCUUGCUACGUCAUUACAAAGGACAAAGAUUCGUUGUGUAGCAAGUUCUGCCUCGACGUGUACACGACGUUCAAACUCACGCUCAACUCCGGCAAGGCGUAUGACUUCAAGCAGCUCAUGACCGUCGACAAGAACGGUAACGAAAUACGCCUUGAGAAGCAGAGGGGCAACGCCAAGUCGCACAGCGCGCGGGAGGCCACGGUCGCCAGGCGAAUCGAACCGCUUCGGAAAAAAUUCCCGACCUUAACACGGAUCUUCCCGCGUCUAUGCCGCAGCGCCAGAUACGACGAUGCGGCCAUCAACGACACCACCCUGGUCACGGUGGUGAACAAGGGAAGCGCCAACCUGUUCAUACUCAAGUUCCAAGGCUACUGCCAAAAUUACAUGGAUGUUAGCCCGGACUACGGGUGGAGGCGGUUGGUGGACGAAUACACCGCGGAGGAUUCGAAGAGCGCCGAACAGUUGCCCAAGGUGGCAUCCCCGGUGGACGAAACCUGCGCGCAGCGGUCGUACAUGUACUACAGGGAGGCGAAGAGGGUAACACACAUGAUAGGACUCUCAGAACUUGCCAUUAAUGUGGCCUGCCGCGCGCUUAUACUCGGGAUAGGGGAUGGCAUGAUCGACGCAGCGGAGUUCCCGCCGUUCAUCAAAGACAUGGUCAUGCAGCAGUACGAAGGCAUGUCAGAGGUGCUAGCGACGCCCACGAGUGUAGACCGAGGCGCAGACGCGCCAGGAAAGUCCAUGCAAGCUCCUAUGUACCUAGAAAGCAGCUUCCUUGGGCUAUUUGUGAGCUCGUCCAUGAGCUCCGUCUUGGGAAGCGAGCCUUACGCAGAACGCAUGCGUGAUAGCAAGCGUUCCUACAGGUGGAGCAUGCCUGAGAAGGCAGACGCGCCGGCCAGCGCCGGAGAAAGCGGCGUCAAGCACGGAGGCGAGCCGAGCGUCUAUCAAUUCAUACCGAUUCCGGACUACGGGUGGCGGCUGCUGCAGAGAGCUCACUUCGACCGCAAGCACGCCGAUCCCGCCCUGAGAUCUAAUAGAAGGAAUUCGGCCGCCUCUAAGCUACGCAGCGUGUUCAGAGCCAGCACAGUGGCUGGGCUCACGCCGACCAACAUUUACUCCAACUCUGUUCUCUGCAAGGUAAGGCCGCCGCAUGUGGACGACAGCCAGGCCUUUGUGAGAGCGGACGUGGGUUCCAUCGCGAUGAACAUGGCCGAACAACUGUACCGACUCGAAGUGAGACAGCGCCGGCGGGAAAAACUGCCCAAGCAGACCUUCGGAUUCAAGGUCAGAGACCAAAAUGUAGUGGUGUCGCCAUGCGGCAAGCGCUUCAAGCUCAUACCGGAGGAGCUCAUACUCAACGUGGCGACGCUGGUGCAUGAAAUGUACAUCACACAGGCGUGCCUCAUCCUGUAG